AUGGUUCUUGACUACAGCAAAUGGGACGCUCUGGAGCUUUCCGACGACUCGGACGUCGAGGUCCAUCCCAAUGUCGAUAAGAAGUCGUUCAUCCGCGCCAAGCAGGCCCAGAUUCACCAGCAACGAGAGCAGCGUCGCCAUGAGAUCAAGACCCUGAAGUACGAACGCAUUAUCAACGACGGACUUUUGUCGCGUAUUGAUAAGCUCUUGGAAUCUCUCAAGAAGCAUGAGGACUCAUCCGCCUCCCCAGAUGAGUUCAUUUUCCAAACUAUAAUGGACUUCGCGAGCAACCCCGCCGACGACCAAGCUCCCACCCCGCCUGAAGGGAUCUAUACACACGAACCGGAACAGCCCAAGUUCUCUCAGAUGAUGAGUUCUUUGGUAGAUCAGGUGAAGAAGGACUUUGAAGAGUCUAAGCCUGACAACCUGUUCAAGGCAUACAUCAAAGGUGUGACUGGACACUUGGAAAAGGUCCAGGGACUCCAAAAGGAAUUACUCGCAAAGCUCGCUCAGCUUGAGAAGGAAGAAGGCGCAAAGAUCACCAGUGAUCAGUUGCAUGAGGGCUUCAACCAAUCACAUGUCGCCAAGGCCCAGCAGGCGAAAGCUGCUUCUAAGAACAAGGAGAGCUCCGUUGAGCUGCUGAACCCGGGUGCGGGGAGCUCCGCAUCCAAGGCUGAUGAUGAGGGCGAGGACGAUGAUCCCGCCAAUGUCGAGAUCAGCCCUCUAGCAAAGAAGUUCGCUCACCUCAAGACUGGUGACUAUAAGGCCUACUUACAGUUCAUCUCGGCCAACCCGGAGAUUGUCGCCGAGAAGGAGACAGAUGGUCUGCUUGUUGAGGCAUUCAAUAGCCAGCUCAAGGGCGACGAGGACUAUGCCCGUCAAUGUGUCCACCAAGGUUUGCUUUUGCAAUACUGCCGGUCUCUUGGCCGUGACGGCAUCCAGCUGUUCUUCACUCGUAUCACCACCAAGGACCACCGCGCAUCAACCCUGUUCAUUAAUGACGUGAAUGAUACCUACUUCCGCAUCAAGUCUCGCGCUGCUGAACUCAGCAAGGAGAACUCGGCAUCUAAUGAUCCCGCUGGUGUAGAGCAAAUCCAGCUACACGCCGUUGACCCCAACACCAAGAUCACUAUCAAUCUCCCCGCUGCCAAUAGCGAGGAUCCUACUGAGAUCGAGGUGCGUAAAAUCUUCGACGCUUUCCCUGCGGACUUGCAGAAGGCACUGGAGACCGAGUCCCUGGAUGAGGUGAACAAGGUUCUCGGCAGGAUGACUGUCGAGGAGGCGGAGGUUGUCGUGGAGCAAUUGGGCAACGGCGGCAUGCUCAGCCUCGAGGAAGGCAUUGUCGAUGCUACAACGGAAGAGGGCCAGAAGAAGCUGAAGGAGUUGGAGGCAGAGGGCAAGGAGGUUGGCGAACCUGGUGGCGAUGUUACCGAACUUGACUAA